AUGGUCUUGAGGGCAUCUCCUGACAGUUCAUUUCAGCGCCCCGUGGAGUACGGAGAGAGAGAUGUGAUGGAGAUAGGAAAACGGCAGGUUGAACCGGUUUCCGCGGCGGCUGCAUGGAGUCGGAAUCAUGCUAACGAUCCCAAACAACAUUAUGGGAAUGAUGAUGAUGAUGAAAUGGAAAAGGCUUUAGUUCAGCUUCGGUGGUUGGACAAGUCGAACAUAGCACCAGAAAUGGAAGAGGCCGAUAUUGGAUUCCGAUCCUCUUAUGUCGCCGAUGUCGAUCCACCCCUCGUUUUGGUCACUUGUUCCUCUUCCCGUCGCCCGCAAGAGGAAGGCACGCAUUGCACUAACAAUUAA